CUCCGCGGGCAUCGCCGGCUCGCGCGGAUCCUUCAGCUCGCUGUGGAUUGUGGGAGUCGGGGACACUGCCCAGGUUGUUACCGGGAGAACGGGGGGACAUUUCCGCUCUGCUGCUUUUAGCUUGACACUGGUUGCAGUUUCGGCAUCAUGUCCAGCCGAGGAGGUAAGAAGAAGUCAACGAAGACAUCCCGGUCCACCAAGGCCGGAGUCAUCUUUCCUGUGGGGCGCAUGCUGCGUUACAUCAAGAGGGGGUUACCCAAAUAUCGCAUAGGAGUGGGAGCGCCCGUCUACCUGGCUGCUGUCCUCGAAUACCUUACUGCGGAGAUCCUGGAGUUGGCAGGAAAUGCUGCAAGAGACAAUAAAAAGGGCCGUGUGACACCGCGACACAUCCUGCUGGCCAUUGCCAACGAUGAGGAGCUGAACCAGCUGCUCAAAGGUGUGACCAUCGCAGCGGGUGGAGUUUUGCCCAACAUCCAUCCCGAGUUGUUGGCCAAGAAGAGGGGAGCAAAGGGCAAACUGGAAACUCCCGUCUCGCCUGCUCCUGAGAAGAAACCCAAGACGGUGAAGAAAGCACCUGCUAAGAAAACGACUGGGAAAAAGACGGGAGGGAAGGCCAAGAGGCAGGGUGAGGUGAGCAAGGCAGCAUCCGCAGACAGCACCACAGAGGGCUCUCCAUCUGAUAGCUUCACUGUGCUCUCCACAAAGAGUCUCUUCCUGGGUCAGAAGCUCAACCUUAUCCACAGCGAGGUCAGUAACCUGGCUGGCUUUGACGUGGACGGGGUCAUCAACCCCACCAAUACUGAACUUGAACUUAAAGAUGAUCUAGGCUCUGCUCUGGAGAAAAAAGGAGGGAAGGAGUUCACUGAAGCUUUGCAGGAGCUGAAGAAGAAAAACGGCCCUCUGGAGGUGGCUGGUGCUGUUUUGACUGGUGGUUUUGGUCUGCCUGCCAAGUACGUGAUCCACUGCAACAGUCCAGGCUGGGGUUCUGAUAAGUGUGAGGAGAUGCUGGAGAAGACGGUGAAGAACUGUCUGGCCCUGGCGGACGAGAAGAAGCUCAAGUCUGUGGCCUUCCCCUCCAUCGGUAGUGGAAGGAACGGGUUCCCGAAGCAGACGGCCGCUCAGCUGAUCCUCAAGGCCAUCUCCAGCUACUUCGUGGCCACCAUGUCUUCCACCAUCAAGACCGUCUACUUCGUGCUGUUCGACAGCGAGAGCAUCGGGAUCUACGUGCAGGAAAUGGCCAAGCUGGAGACGAGUUAAAGGACGGGGCACCCCCCUCCCCCUCCUCCUCCUCGUUCCUCUUCCCUUUCUCCUGUUUUGUUUUUGCCUGCAAGAAGAGAGGAAGUUGUUUACUGGUAAUUUAUUACAAAUGAAGAAAAAUAAUUAUAAAGGCCUGGAACUGGA